AUGGGCUGCUGCCGCGUGUGCCUCAUUCUUCUGGCCAUUGUUCCUGCUGUGUUUUUCGGAUGUCUAUCUGUGCCUGGAGUGGAGCGUGCUUAUAUCCGCGCAGUGGACACAUAUGUCGUGCCGGUUCCAAUUGCCAGGCAUUUGCUGCAGAUCUUGGCGCAAGCCCGGCACAUCUGGAAAGUCGGCGGUGGAAUUGCUGUCGGCCCUGUGUGGAACCCCUUGCUGUCGUACGCGAUUGAUGGCCCUAAAACCGGAGUUGGAUUGUUUCCGAGCCCUUCCGCGCCUGCCACUGGCUACAUGGUUUCACGCAUCAGCCACGCCUCCGUGAGAGAAGUACAUUACAACCCGAGGCUGAAGCGAGACAGCAAGAUGUUUGUGACGGUGGACACUGCGAAGGUUCCGGAAGGCUAUUUCCUUCCAGGAGUCUUGCCAACGCUGCUUCAGCUGAACACGGAUUCUGAAGCCCGGUACGCGCACAGAGAUCUCAUUGCUGCCGUAAUGCCAGCACUAGCUGAGAAUCCUGACACGGUCCCGGAUUUCAAACCAGCUCCUGGCAUCUCCGUGGAUGACCUGAUUCACGGAGUAUCUAGGCAUUUGAUCUUCCCGUUCCCAGAGGUGGUUCCCCAUGUGGUUCAGGACGUCUUCGCAUUUACCUUUUUCAGGCAUGCAUUCGAGGUCGACCUUACCAGCGAUGAGAUCUACUCCUUGAAGGAGUGGCUUCGUGUGCACUUCAGGACGAUAUUUGGCAUGGGCUCGGCAGCGGGUGGUGCUCAAUGCGCACAACUUGCCAAGGUCGUAGAGGAGAAAGUCGCAAGUGGCAAGAUUGGCCAGCGGCUCAUGGACGAAGCUCAGAGCAGAGGCAUGAACGGGCCGGAGCGUUUGCGCAAGACCCUCUUCGAGCUCUCCUUUGCCGGAUUCGGUGGGGAUGGACCUGGAGGCGCCCUGGCGACCUUCAAGCUCCUAAGGCUACUGCAGAGAGCACCCCAAACCAACAUUCCUCUCUUCAAGCGCGAUCCCGCCGCCUUUGUUCUGGAGGUUGUCAGGAUGCAUGGUGGUGGUGGAGCAGGCGUAAACCCCUGGAUUGCAGAAGAAACACGGACACACACGCUGGGAACCGGCUUUGCGUAUGAGGAAACUGCAGGUUCUUAUGGAUCUACCAUAGCAUUGAUGGCUAAUCAUGAUCCUGCUGUGUUCGGUGGACCACACAGAACAGAAGAGUUUGCAACUACUUUCAUGCCUGGUCGAGAAAAUGCAGAUCGUUUGUUGAGCUUUGUGGCAGAACUCCGUGACAUUCGAAAAUGUCCGAAUGUUACAGGAUGUGUUCAUGCACCCCGCUUUUGCUUGGGCACGUUCCUAGUGCAGCGCUUGAUGAUCCAGAUCGGCACCUACUACAUAGAUGGCUUGGAGAAACAACAUCCUCGAGAAGAGAUGUGA